GGAGGCGCCGCCCCCUUGGCGAGCUCGGCGCCCCGGCGGCCUUGGCAGGACCCAUGGCGGAUCUCUCGCCUGCGCCGGCCCUGCGGGAAGGCGGCCCCCGUGCGCACCGGCCCUCCGCGCCCUCCCCUCCGCCGCGCUCUCGCUCCACCUCGGAGCCAGAGGAGGCCGAGCUGUCGCUGAGCCUGGCCCGCACCAAGACCCGAUCGUACGGCAGCACGGCCAGUGUGCGGGCGCCUCUGGGCGCCGGCGUCAUCGAGCGCCAUGUGGAGCACCGGGUCCGCGCCGGGGACACGCUUCAGGGCAUCGCGCUCAAGUACGGAGUCACGAUGGAACAGAUCAAAAGGGCCAACAAACUGUUUACCAAUGACUGUAUAUUUCUGAAGAAAACGUUGAGCAUCCCAAUUCUAUCAGAGAAGCCUUUGGUGUUUAAUGGACUUAACUCCAUUGAUUCUCCAGAAAAUGAAACUGUUGACAGCAGCUUUUGCCAUGAAGAAGAGCCUGUAGUGUCUGAGGAAGAACCGCCCCCUCCCAGUCCCCAGGACCCGGACCCCAAGCCUACUCAGCCGGAGGAAGUGUCUGCCAGAGAUUUCCUGCAACGACUUGACUUACAGAUUAAACUAUCAACACAGGCAGCCAGGAAACUCAAAGAAGAGAACAGAGAUGAAGAGAGUCCCUAUGCUGCUUCUCUUUAUCAUAGUUAGUGACUGGCUGAUGGACUAAUCCAGAUCGCAAAAAUGGCUGGACCCUAAAGAAUCCACCACCUCUGGUUCAGAAGCAGCGCUGCUCCUGGACUCCCAUAGUGCACCUUUGAGCCACAGUUAAGUAGACCUACUGCGGCUGCCGUGAAGUGAUCAGCUUUCUAUAGUUACGUCUUACUAUGGCAUGAUAGCAAAACUGUAUUUAUUCUAAAGCCUAUCACUUUUGUAGAUGGAGGUAGUUUUAGACCGGCCUUUGUAGAUACAAAAAGCGUCAGAGACUCUUUAUAUAUUUAAGCCAAAAGCUAUGUUUAUUUCCCGAUGAGAUCCUAAAUGUAUGGAAAAUAUGGUGGCUGUAAAGUGAUAAUGCAUUUGCUAUGUGUUUAUAACUCAAGUGCUAUAAUAUAUAUUUCAAUAUCACAUAUUCUGUACUAAGGUAAAGAACCAAAUUUUGUCUGCUAUUUUGUAAAAGUAAACUACAGAUGUCUGGAGGAGAAAAUAAACUAUGUUUUCACA